GCAUCGCAGAAAACGGGUAAUUUGCCAGGCUUUCGAUGUUUAGUGUCACCUAUGCAUCUACUGGGCGCAGCUCUCCCGACAUGCUCAAUCAAUCCGGGCCUUAGCUGGCAGUGGCUAUGGAAAGAUAAAGUGUACAAGGAAGCGGGUACAGAAACGAUCUCUAUACUUCCGUACCUGAUGGGACCGCCAGUGAUAUGCACGUCGUCUCCGGAGGUGAUGAAGCAGUUCGUUGCCAUGAAAGGGCAGUCGGAGAAGCCUCCGGAGGCCGGCAUUUUAGUACGAAUAUGGGGUCCUAAUGUCUUCUCGGAGGGUGGGGAUGUGUGGCGAAGGCACCGAAGGAUCGUGCAGCCCGCAUUCAGCCCAAGGACGUAUGCACUCAUCUGCACGGAAACGUCUCGCCUCUAUGAUGAGAUGGUCGUAGCUGAGGCUUGGAUGGGCAAGGAUACAAUUGACAUUCCUGAUGUUAAUGUAAUCACCCACAAACUCGCCCUACUGGUCAUAUCCUGCUGCGGAUUUGGGAAUCCCCUCUCCUGGAUGCACGACUCUCCAGCGGUAUCCGGGAGCAUGUCCCUUCACGAGGCCUUUUCCAUAGUGUCUGCAGGAUCGAUUGAACGGAUACUCUUACCAAGGUGGAUGUGCAACCUGCCGAUCCGAAGGGUAAGGCAGUUAGAGCAAGCUUACAGCACGGUUGAGCGAUUCAUGCGGGAGCUAAUCGCUUCUCGUCGGCGUGAGCUCGUGGAGGGUCCCAAACAAGACUCGAAAGGAAGUGAAGAUGGACCGGACACGUCCGAGUAUCGUGACGUCUUCAGGAUCAUGCUCGAGGCGAGUGAACAGGAACGGAAACAUGCGCUGAACGAUGAAGAACUGGUAUUUACCCGAAACAAUUCGCGACGAAAAUAUUUGUUACUAACCGUUGAACAGCAAGGAAAUACCUUUGUCAUGCUGUUUGCUGGGCACGAAACGACGUCAAAUACCCUCAAUGCGGCAAUUGGCUUCCUGGCAUGCCACAGUGAGAUUCAGGAUGAGGUCUACGAGGAGGUAAAAUCUAUGCUCGAUGGAAAUGAGCUGGACCUUAACACUCUGGAAAAGCUUGACAAGGUGCAGGCCUGUUUUUUGGAGGCCGGCAGACUGUUACCGACGGCAUUCGCGAUGCCCCGCACGACGGUGGUCAAUAACGUUGUCGUGACACACGCUGGUCCCCCCGGUCUUCCGGAUGAAAAGCUGGUACUCGAGAAAGGGACCGUGCUUUAUGUGGAUGCUAUCGGUGUUCUUUAUAACCCGAGGGUGUUCAAUGAUCCGUAUGCGUUCAAACCAGAGCGAUGGUACGGCGCAACGGCAAAUGACAUGUUGAUGUUUUCGGUCGGCGCACGGGCUUGCCUCGGCCGUCGUUUUGCCUUGUCCGAAGGCGUCGCCUUCCUUGCCAAGCUGAUAAAAGAUUGGAAAAUCGAGCCCAUACUUUUGUCCGGGGAGACCGAAAAUCAGUGGAGAAGUAGAGUACUUACUGCAAAAAUGAGACUGACUCUAGCGGUUGCUGAUGUGCCUGUACGGCUGCGGAGAAGAGUAUGA